GUUUGCGAUUCGCCAAUGUAACAAAACAGAAGAAGAAGAAGUGGAAAACAAAACUGUGCUUUAACAUGGCUGCUGACAACGAUCCUGAAUCGGAGGUCUUUGAGAUCACUGAUUUCACCACCGCGUCAGAAUGGGAGCGGUUUGUGUCCAAAGUGGAGGAAGUGCUAAACGAGUGGAAGCUGACUGAAAGCUAUGUGGAAAAAUUAUCUCCAGAAAAGGGUGCGUACGUCAACGGGAGCUGGGGAGAGCAGUCGCAGGACGUUCACUUUGCUGACUUUAAGUUCAGUAUCAGCCACCACUUUCUCAAAGAAGAAUGUAAAAAGGAGAAUGGGAGGAGUGAAGAAGAUACGUUACCUUUGGCAAUGCAGGACCUUCUGUCGAUGCACAAUGACUUCCCUCCUCGAGCCCAUUGUCUGGUCAGAUGGUACGGCCUGCGAGAAUUCGUGGUCAUCAGCCCCGGGGCGAACUGUGAAGCCAUCAUCAGCGAGUCAAAAUGCAACCUGCUGCUCAGCUCCAUCUCCAUGUCUCUGGCCAACAGCGGCUGUCAGGUCCCCAUGUUUGUUCAGAUCCAGCAGAAGUGGAGACGGAUCUAUGCCGGCGAGUGCCAGGGGCCAGGGGUGCGCACCGAUUUUGAGAUCGUCCAUCUCCGUAAGGUGCCGAGCCAGUACAACCACCUAUCUGGCCUCCUUGACAUCUUUAAGUCUAAAAUUGGUUGCAACCUGCUCCCCCUGCCACCUGUUGACAUAGCUAUUCGCUACACCUACAUCCUCCAGGAUUGGCAGCAGUCUUCAUGGCCUCAACAGCCUCCAGACUUUGACACGCUGCUCGGAGGUGAGGUAGGAGGAGUGGAGUUUGGAAACCUUCCCUUCGGAGCCUGCGAGGAACCAAUCAGUGAACUCCAUCUUGCAACCACCUGGCCUCACCUCACAGAGGGCAUCGUUGUAGAUAAUGACGUGUACAGUGACCUCGACCCUCUCCAAGCUCCUCAUUGGUCUGUUCGAGUUAGAACAGCUGAGAACCUUCAGUGUUUGCUGGGAGACUUUAUCACCGAGUUCUUUAAGCUGUGCUGUCGGAGGGAGUCUGCAGAGGAGAUUCUGGGUAGAGGCCAUGCAGAAGAAGAAGGCCAGGAAAACAGUGACAUCAGCUCUGCUCUGUCUAAACUGACGGAGCCAGCAGCGCCUGUGCCGCUAAGCAAGCUGUCCGUGUCCAGUAUGGUCCACAGCGCCAGAAAGCACAUGCGGCGGCGCCGGCACAUUGAUGAAUCCCCGCUUAACGUCGAUGUCCUCAAUUCAAUUCUCCUGUACCUCUUCCCAGAUGCUGCGGUGGAGAAGUCAUCGGACAAAGAGAAAACCACCCAGACAAACUCCGUCAGGACAUCUGAGAAAGAGAAGAGCCCAGAUGACAACCUGUUCCUCCAGCUGAAGUCGGCGCCCUCGGACAGUUUGACCUACCGCCUGGCCCUGUGUCUGUGCAUGGUCAACUACAGCUACGGGGGACUGCCUGCUGUCACUCACCUCUGGCAGGAGUUUGUCCUGGAGUUGCGCUACCGUUGGGAAAACAACUUCCUCAUCUAUGGUUUCCAUUCUUCAACUACUGUUGGUGAAGAUGUCUUAACAGGUGGACCUCCUGAUCUCCGCUGCUGUCUGCUGCAUCAAAAGUUUCAGAUGCUGAACUGCUGCAUAGACAGGAAGAGGGCGAGAGAUGAAGCCCGCAAGACGCAGGAGGGAAACAGAGAGAGAGAGCGUAAAGCAUCCGGUGGAAAAGCUUCUGCCUCCACUACAACCAGAGAGGUGUCUCAAGGCAAAUCCUGGGACUCGUGGAGUGACAGCGAGGAAGAGUUCUUUGAAUGCCUGAGUGACCAGGGGGAGAUGGAGUCUUCUCAAAGCGAGGGAGGAAAGGUCAAAGCCGAGGGGAGGCUGCAGCCCUACAACAACAUGACGCUACUCAACUCUGCAGAGCCUCUCUAUGUUCCUGUUACGCAGGAGCCAGCUCCUAUGACAGAGGAUCAGCUGGAAGAGCAGUCCGAAGUGCUAGCUAAACUCGGCACAUCAGCGGAAGGUACUCACCUGCGUGCUCGGAUGCAAAGUGCAUGUUUGCUCUCUGAUAUGGAGUCUUUUAAGGCUGCCAACCCUGGCUGUGUUUUGGAGGACUUUGUCCGCUGGUACUCGCCGAGGGAUUAUGUAGAAGAAGAGGCGGUCGACGAGAAGGGAGAUCCAGUUGUGAAAGGAGAACUUAGUGCAAGAAUGAAAAUCCCAGGCAACAUGUGGGUGGAGGCGUGGGAGACUGCCAGGGUCACACCUGCACGGCGCCAGAAAAGACUCUUCGACGACACCAAGGAGGCAGAAAAGGUGUUGCAUUAUUUGGCCAUGUUGAAACCAGGAGACCUGGCUCAUCACCUGCUCCCCUGUCUGCUGCAUGCUGCUAUUGUCAAGCUGAAGCAGGAAGAGUCCAUAGAAAACAUCCCAUCAGUGGAAAAGAGCAUCCAACAGGCCACAAGUCAAGCUAACAAACUGCUGCACUCUGGGAACUGUGACAACAAGAAAUUAGAGGAUUUUAUCAACCAGUUGGUUACUAUGGAGACUGUCAUCACUGAAGCUCGCUCGCUCAAGGCCAAGUUUGCUGCUGAUGAGGAAGAGGAUAAUGACGAAGCUGCAGACGAACUAGAGAAGUUUGUCACCUCCCUGCUGGAGGAACCGGAGGUGGUGGUGAUAGGCGCUGGACAGGCUCGCAUUGGCAGAAUCAUCCACAGGCUCUUCAUUAAUGCCCAGCGGGCUGCCCUUUUAGCACCAGUGGACGAUGAUUUGGAACCAGGCGUCGAAGGCAGGAAGAUCCCAGACUUCCCUCCUCCUGCGGGCCGGGAGAUCCUGCUGCGGACAUGUGUUCCACGACCAGCGCCGUACUCUAAGGCUUUGCCACAGCGACUCUUCUGUGUGCUGAUGAAGGACGAGUUUAGACUGGCGGGGGCCUUUUCUGCAGACACUUCAUUCUUUUAACAGCAGCUCUGUUGUAUGGUCUUUUCCUCAGGCACCCCAUGUUGGUGCUUGCUGCUGCUUUGCUGAUCCUUCACUGUUAAAAGAAGCGUCCCAGGUCAGGCUUGGAGACUGGCUUUCUGGUUAGAGGGGUCAGCCUCCACUCUAAUGUUGGUGGUUCUAUCAUGAGGAACCACCAUCGUGUGCGGAGGCUAAAUGUAAAGCAUUCGGUAAAGAGCUUUUCUAGACCCUAAAGCAAAGGAUCGCACAGUUAAAACGAUUUAUUUGGCUUGUUGAUGGAGGUCUUGGUUUCAGUGUUCUGCAGUCAGCUCACUUCACUGUGGACAUUCAGACCACACCGUGCGGACAUUCCCUAUUCAGAUAUAUUUCUGCUCUGCCAAAACGUUACAGGGAUACACGAGGGGGGAAAUCAAUACUUGAUUCAUUGCAAUUCAAACUGUAACUUUUAAUUCGUGCAUGUUUGCUGAAUGUUUGGUUAAUAUUCCUUCUCUACCGUAGACUGAAACCACCAUGAAACGAGAGUGAAUGCUUCUUUCCCCCCACUGUACAUGUGCUGACAUUAGAAAUGUGCAGUAAUUAUCUAUACCAAUUUAACAUAAUAAUGUAGUCAUUAUUUGAGCUUUCCUGCAUAAACUGUACAAUUGUAAAGUGAAAUAAAAUAACAGAAAAGUCUUC